AUGCAUUUAAUCUGUUAUGAACUUCUUCUUGUCAUCUGUUUAGGAAUUAAAGCGAAUGAUGAACGCAUUUAUAUUAAUCACGAGGUUCCUCGAAUUCGUGAACCUUCUAUUAUUGAACAUUAUAAUUCUAAUUCUGGUAUUCAUGAAUUUGUUAAUCAGAACUAUGAUGCUGCUUAUAUUCGUGGGACUCUCAAACAAGUGAAGGAAAAUGCUGAUGUUCUCAAACUUAUUAAACAACAGCAGGAAAAUGCUGAUGUUUUCAAACUUAUUAAACAACAGCAGGAAAAUGCUGAUGUUUUCAAACUUAUUAAACAACAGCAGGAAAAUGCUGAUUUUAUCAAACGUUUUAAUCAAAAAUAUGAUAAUGCUGAUAUUCUUGCAUUUGGCAGUCAUAACGAUGAUACUGUUCAUAUGUCUGAACUUGUUCAUCGUCUGCGUGAUGCUAAACCUGUACCUAUUGAAUUUGUCAGUCGUAAACCUGUCACUCGUAAACCUGUUACCCCUAAACCUGAUAUUCUUAAGCCUGGCACUCUCGAAGCUGUUACUCUUGAACCUGGUACUCUUAAACCUGAUACUCUUACGCCUGGUACUAUUGAACCUAGUACUCAUAAGCCUGUUACUUUUGAACCUUUUACUCUCGAACCGGAUACUCUUAAACCUGUUAUUCAUGAAACUUCAACUAAUCGUGCAAGUGAGAGUUCAGAUGGGGUUGGUCAUUCUGGUGGAACUAAAAAUAGUUCAUGUAAUACUGUUGGAUGCCAAAGGGGUUUAUUUCUCUCCAGCGUCGCUGUUGUUGUUGUUGUAGUCAUUUGUUUAGCCUGCUUUUUAAAGCAUUAUGGGUUAGCGGGGAAAGCUCGAAAAUCACCGUCAAAUGUGCUACCUGCUCAAAACGUUACUAAUCCGGUUUGUCGACAAAAUAGAUCCGGCACUAAUAUAUUCAAAUCUGGUUUUUGGGAAACUAGAUAUUUUCAAGAUGACACUUGGCAUGGUCCUCAUCAAUUGUCACUUUGGUUUGAUCCCAAUCAUACGACACUGACAGGGUUAGGAAUGGACGAUGUCGGUAAAUUUACUUUCGCUGGCACUUACUCAAAUGAAACACGUCAAAUUGAUGUUAAGAAAGAAUAUUCAGAAUACCUCGAUAAUCGAUCAGAAAAUUCAGAUUAUCCAACUACUAUUCAACUGAUGUGGAAUUCUAAAACGGAUCAAUUUGAAGGCAAAUGGUCUGUGCAAACAGAUGAAUAUAACGGCGAAGAUUUAUUUGACCUUAAAUUUCAAAAAUCACAUCUACCAGUGAUACAUGCCGAAGUCUAA